AUGAGGGCGGACCGCCCAUCGAGGGGUUCAGCGAUCGCGCACCACCGCGGGGCCGUGCCCGUCCCGCUGCCCGUGUGCCCGGAGACAGACAGGAGACCCGACCUCUACAGCUUCCGCUUUGUCGCUGACGGGCAGAGCCUGAUAUUCAGCCCCGACUCCGGGGAGGUGUGGAAAGCGCGCAGGAGGCUGGCCCAGAGCGCCCUGAAGAGCUUCUCCAUCGCCCCCAGCCCCACUUCGUCCUGCAGCUGCCUGCUGGAGGAGCACGUCUCCAAGGAGGCCGAGUACCUGGUCACCAAGUUCCUGCAGCUGAUGGAGGAGGAGAAGAGGUUCGACCUUAACCAGUACCUGUCGGUGUCGGUGGCCAACGUCGUCUGUGCCAUGUGCUUUGGCAAGCGCUACGAGCACGAGGACCAGGAGCUGCUCAGCCUGGUGAAUUCCACUGAGGAGUUCACUGAUGUAACUGGUGCUGGCAACCCCGCCGACUUCAUCCCCGUGCUGCGCUACCUGCCCAGCCGCCGCAUGAGGCUGUUCAUAGAUUUCAACAGGUACUUAGUCAGCUUCCUGCAGAAGAGGGUCAAGGAGCACUACGAGACCUACGACGAGAACAACAUCCGGGACAUCACAGACUCCCUCAUUGAGCAGUGCCUGGACAAAAAAAUAGGAACAAACACGGCCACACAGAUCCCCAAGGAGAAGAUCGUCAACCUCGUGAAUGACCUUUUUGGAGCAGGCUUCGACACCGUAACCACAGCCCUGUCCUGGAGCCUCAUGUACCUUGUGACAAACCCCAACAUCCAGAAGAAGAUCCAGGAGGAGCUGGACCGGACCAUCGGGCAGGAGAGGCGGCCGCGGCUGUCGGACCGGGGCACGCUGCCCUACACGGAAGCCUUCAUCCUGGAGGUGUUCAGGCAUUCCUCCUUCCUGCCCUUCACCAUCCCACACAGCACCACCAAGGACACGGUGUUGAACGGCUACUUCAUCCCAAAGGAUCGCUGCGUGUUCGUCAACCAGUGGCAAGUGAACCACGACGAGAAGCUUUGGAAGGACCCAGACACCUUCAACCCCGAGCGUUUCCUCAGCGCUGAUGGGACCAAAGUGAACAAAGAUGACGGGGAGAAGGUGCUGCUGUUUGGCCUGGGGAAGAGGAGGUGCAUCGGGGAGAACAUUGCCAGGUGGCAGGUGUUCCUCUUCCUGGCCACGCUGCUCCAGCAGCUGGAGUUCAGCGUCUGUGAGGGCGGCAGGGUGGACAUGACCCCGCCCUACGGACUGUCCCUGAAGCACAAGAGGUGUGAGCACUUCCAGGUCAGGCAGCGCUUCCCCACAAAGGGCAGGAGCUGAGCGGUGGGAGCAGACAGCCCCAGGGUGUCCUGGCAGCAGAGCUGGGUCUGGAACGACUUUGGGGGUGAUGGGAUAAACUGAAACCGUCGGGA